AACAUGAAAAGACCAAAGAGUACUCUGGACAUGUUUGUAUAGUAAAUCUUGUUAUCCAAUGCCUGAUUUUAUUUUUAUUUUUUUCGUUUAUAUUACUAGAGGCCAUUUCCACCAUAAAUGCAUUCAGAAAAAGUGUAAAGAGAUACAUAAAAUUCACCACAAUGCAGGGGAAUGCCACAAAUCCCACAAAAACAAGCGAACAACAAAAAAACAAGCAAAAAAUAUAUUUGGUGUUGAUAUUAACUUGCUGGAUCAAACAUUCAAAGCUCCAAUCUUGCUUUAUCUAAAAUGCUUUUUCUUUAUGUGUUUGGCUGUGUCACUUCCUCAUGUUGUGAUAGAUGAAGGGAUAAGAACCUGUAUAUAUUAUCUGUGCUUUCCCUUCAAAGUUUGUAGCUACAGGCUGAUACUAAGAAAGAAGAAGCGGUCGUUCUGCAUCCCCUCUGCCACACAUUUUCUGAAGUUUUAUAACAUUGCUGUAUCAUCUGUAUCACCAUGAAGAUGUUUCCUGUGUGUGUGUUUGUUUGUGCUGUGAUGAUUCUGACCCAUGCUGCUGGUGAGUAUUUUCUCCCUGAAGGAAGGACUGCAACUAAUCAAACAGUCAAAAGGCACCUGGUCAAGAGGUCCUCGGAUUGUCCUGGUGGUUGGACUAUGUUGCGUGGUCGCUGCUUCCUCUACGUUCCAAGGCGCUUCACAUGGGCUAUAGCAGAGAGAAACUGCUUGUCCAUGGGGGCCAACCUUGCAUCUGUACACAGCAGCACAGAGUACCAUAUGAUUCAGCACCUUAUAGUGAUUGCCAGUCAUGACUACCAAGAAACUUGGAUUGGAGGAAGUGAUGCACAGGAGGAGAAGGCUUGGUUUUGGUCUGAUGGAACGGCUUUUCGCUAUUCAAACUGGUGCCGAGGAGAGCCGAAUAAUUACAGGCACAACCAGCAGUGUCUGCAAAUUAAUCAUAGCGGUUCCAAGUGCUGGGAUGAUGUAGGGUGUCAGGUACAUCGACCUUCUGUUUGUGUUAAGAAAAUGUGAAAUUUCUGUCAAAAUACACACUGUUAGGUGUGCAAUGACUUUUGUUUUUCAUUCUUCAUUUGGCUUUACAUUUUUUUAAUCUUUUGUCUCUAGCAUAAAAAUUUUGCAACAAAAUAAAAAGUCUGUCAUGAAUAGUGGCACUCCCAACCCUAGUUCUAAACCCUAGCCUAAAUAAUCAACUGUGGAAAAGUAGUUUUUCCGUAAAAAGUAUUGCUCAUCUUUGCACAUCUUUUCUCUGUAAACUCUUCCUUCUUUGCAAUAAUAAAACUCUC